CUAAGAUAAGAGGCUGUAUUGAUGAUGUCUUCCUCUUGUUCUGCAUCACAGGACGGCCGACGCUUCAGACUUCAAGAACCUUCUGACUUUACAUACUGGACAGUCAGUGUGUUUGUUUGUCCUCUCCAGAAGCAUAAGUAAUAUAUCUGUGUCUGUAUUAAAGGUAGUCUGCAUCAUCUCAUCAUCAUCGUCACCAUGAAGACGCUGACUGUCUCUGCACUUGUUUGUGCCAUGAUGGCUCUGGCCGGAGCUGCUGUUCUUCCAGAGGGAGCUCCAGAAGAAGACCAAAUGGCAAAGAGCCAUCUGGUCAAGGGGUCCACGGCGUGUUCCGGGGGCUGGACUUUGUUACACGAUCGCUGUUUCCACUACGUCCCGAGAGCGCUGAGGUGGGCUGAGGCUGAGAAACACUGUGUCUUCAUGGGAGGAAACCUGGCAUCCGUUCACAGCGCCCAGGAGUACCAUUCCAUUCAGGCGCUGAUGAUUAGCACCAGUCAUCAGUACAAAGAAACAUGGAUUGGAGGAUCUGAUGCAGAAGAGGAGAAACAAUGGUUCUGGAGUGAUGGAACUCCUUUCCACUACUUGAACUGGUGUUCUGGAGAGCCGAACAAUAUGCACCAGCAGAAUUGUCUACAGAUGAAUUAUGGAGCUGACAAGUGCUGGGAUGACGACCAUUGCUCCCGUCAAAAGCCAUCCGUCUGUGCCAAGAAGAAGUUGACCGAUCGUGAGGCAUGAAGAACCCCAAAGCUUCCUAUUGCCCAUUUCUCUUUCUAUCGCUGUAGCGCUACUUAAGAAAUGAUAUGACAGGCUACAGGACCAGGAGCUCGAUGGUCUUUGUGCCUUAAUAUGAAUGCUUUUAGCACAACCUUACAUAUACUAUACAUAUAUAAACUUUAUUUCUACAUGCAUUAAUAAAUGGCUCAAGCAUUGAAA